AUGGAUUCGUUUGGCUCGGUAGUUGCCGCUUUUUGCUUUGAAUAAUGCCAAUAGGUUGACGCCAUUAAAGAACCCAGGGGCUUUAUCCGUAUAUUGCAGUUGGUAAUUUUUCUGUUACUUAUACUUAUGUCCUAGAUAUUUGUGAUAUGUGCAUUCGCGACAACUUGCAACUUUUCCGGCGAUAUCAACAUUUCUGCUAAGUGCCUAAACAAUCAGACUGUUUCAGGAAAUAUACCCGUCUUCUAUCCUUUCAGGUUCCUUACUUCUUAUUUGCUCAUUGUGUAGUUUUUCAAACGGGAGUAACGUGGCCCCAAUAUGCACUCGCACAAAUCCCAUGUACGGCGACUUUUCUGCCAGCGCUCGGUUUUUCGUGUUUGUUGGUGUCAUCUCGUUUCUUUAUUGUAUUGCGAUGUUGCUGCUAUACACUGUGUUACGCAACCAUUACGAUUCGAGUGACCAAAUUAAGAAAGCUGUACGUCGAAGUUUUUGCUCACUGUUGCUGUAGGAUUUUCUCUCCAGUUCUUUCGUGGUUUUGCUCUGGUUUCUGGCGUCUGUAGUGUGGGCCAGUGGGGUAGAUCAGCUGAAACGCUACACUACGGAAUAUGUCAUUUCUAAGGAGUUUUGCGAAGGUCUACCUUCGUGCCAUGUGGAAACCUUGCAAACAUACGCAGGUCUAAAUAUAUCCUUGGUGAGUCCUUUGUUGCCAUUAAUUCCCGUGGCUGCUAAUUUUGUUUUCAUUUGACUUUUUUCCUGCCUCAAAUUGCUUAGUCACCUGUCCUCUUCUAUGUCUUGGCUUGUUCAGUAUCGACGACUCCGCCGCAGAUUGACGUCUAGGCUCUGUGGAUGCCCCGCAUCUUUUUUCUCAAAUCACAGCAAAUGUAACUAGUUAACUGUUAGAAUAGUAGUGGUUAAAGUGCGAUUCCUAGGUGGCAUAUCAAAAAAGAAGGGGCAUCCACCGGGAGAACGCCUCCUCAUCUUUUGAUGUUUGAAUGGUGUUCGGGGUUUUGCGAAAUGGCUAGCCAAAUCAUUUGUUCCCGUGUGUCCAGAUUGACAGAAGACGAAUGCACUGUCUAGCGGAUGAGGUUGCGCUAUCUGAACACGGCUAAUAAGAUGCGGUAGUUGUCCACUCAGUAAAACUCCUAAAGCUUGAAGCAGCGCUCGGUAAUCGGAUCGCAUCGCGAUGUACCAGGCGAGCGCUGUGAUUUUUGGAACAUUUACACAGACUUCGCACCUUUGACUUCUCUGAAUUAACUUAAGGCGGCGCCUUCUCUAUUUGGGCAGUCUUUCUACUGUCCACUUAGGUCGCAUUCCUCCACCCACUUUAGUCCGAGACAAUGAAAGAUACGGCGUCUCCCAUCAGCCGGUGGCAUGUCCGCACUAUCUUGCCCAUUUAGUCCUUCCUUUUGCGAUUCAUCUAGAUGUUACGUGCUCUGGUAAAUAGCAGUGCGUGUCUUUGUAAGUCAGCUCCAGGUAUUUUGUAACUUGCUAUAAAUAUGUCUUGGUUUCGUGUUGUCGGUGCUGGGCCACAUCUGCAGGAGGUCCAAUCUGACAGCUUACGAAACUUAACCGAGUACGUGACUGGCGGGUUCUAUCCGACUGCACUCUCAUAUUUUGUAUCCAUAAAGCAUCUCUACAUUUAUUACCUUUUAAUAAGACAUUUUUCGUGUUCUUAUUAUGGCUGAUGCCCUCCUAAUCCUGGAACAUGGGCAAGCAAGUAGGAUUAGACGUCGUGGGCGUUCUCCGUACAUCCACUAGAAUUGCUGUUACUUAUCAACCAAGCUUGCCCUCUGUGUAAUAGGCGAUAUACUGUACAUCUUGCUCACCUGCUGAACGGUUCAAUGCAUCAAUUUAUCGAAUUUUCGCGACCUCCCCACUUAUUGGAUGCUUCCAAGACCGGUGACUGCGCCGAACUACUUGUCACUAUGGUCAGGUUAAUAGACCCAGAUCCCCGUUUGCAGCAUAUCCGUCAAGGUUACAAAUAUCCGCCACUCGUGCCCAAAGUGCGUUGCCUCUUUCACAGAUGGCAGUCGCUUGGCCGCAUUCCAGUGAGCUACAUAAGUUACACUUUUUACCGGUUUUCACAUCCGUUAUUGCGAAGUUAUCCAGGUCAUUGGAACUCUAACUUUUUUCGAUAUGUCUGGCUGCUCUCUCACUAAUGUGCUGCAUCAGUAUUUCUAUUGCCUACGCAUCUCGUGAGUCACUUCUUAAAGAUGAGCCGAGUAAACCAUUUGCCGUUGUCGUUUUAAAAAUUGAGACCAACCAUUCUGUUUCCAUAUAUGGUGCCGGAACCGCCUGUACACCUUCAUCCAUUGUAUUCGCCUACUUCCACUAUGGGGUCAUGUUUGGUGGUACGACCAACAAAUCUAACUAGUGACACGAUUCCUUUACGUCCUGGUCAUCGUGAUAAGUUGGUACUUACGUGUCACUCCCUCCCAAAGACAUACUGGCAUUGUGCCCGUCCGGGUCGUUUUUGUUUCCAGUAUCUUUUGCCUCGAUAUCUAAGUCUCCUCGAUCUUGAGUCGAGCAUCCGAGUUUCUGAAAAGUCACUCGUAGUACGGACCGCGUCAAGUUGGGCUGGCCGCCAGGUUCACAAACAUGUGAUUUUCCAGCAGGCCAAGGUACCACCAUCUCUCUGGAUUCCUGUUAUUCGUACGCUGUCUACGCUGGCGGCUGAAUCAUUUUGGGCACAUUUUAACGACCCCUCAAGCAGUGGCAUCAGUCCGGUCCUCAUUGGAAACCUCAGUUGUAGUGUGAUACUGCGGGAAAACUUAUUCUAAACUGAUUUAUCCGAGCGGCCGACGGAUUAUUUAUUAUUAUUAUAUUAUUCAUAGAUGUUUUGGCAGAUUUUGAAUACUUCAUAUUGACCCAACUGUGAAAAACUCGGCGCCUCGGUGGGAUUCGAACCCACACAGUAAGGGGGAGAUUUUAGUACAGCCAACGCUCUAACCACUUGAACUACGAAGCCCCGCUGGACGACGCGAGUUUAAUCACAUUUGGGUUAAUUCGCCCGCCCAACCUACUGCAACGUCUAGAAUCCACCAAAUAUGAUACAGUAAGUUGACUGCCCAAGCAGGAUUCCCUAAUUAAUUCAUCUAGAAUUCACCGUAUGACUACCAGGCUCACGUAAUUCAUAAAUGUGGUUAGAGCGUUGGCUGUACUUCAGCCGUUCCCUUACUGCGUGGGUUCGAAUCCCACCGAGGCACCGAGUUUUCCAUAGUUAGUUCAAUAUGUAUUAUUAUCUUGCAUGGCAUCUUGAGCUCCGCACAGGCACAUAAAUCCGUUUUCAAUCCCGUAGACUCAAGCCACACGCGCUGCUUGCAGCACCCGUUAUUUCCUCUUGCCAUUCGCUGUUCGCCGUAAUGAUCCAAAACCAAGUUCGCCUGUUUUCCGUUAACUCUUGGAUCCCCUAUAGCAUUUCUAUGAAGACAGAACUCUCAGACGGUUCUUUAGUGUACAUCAGUCCGUCUGUAAUUUGAAAAGUUCGCGCUUGACCAAUUCGUAGAGUUAAGGUCGCCUAGGGUAGAUUAACCCACUACGUGAACUUUUCAUUCACGAUCUACUUAUUUUUUAGGUGUUUGGCUUUGCAAACAUUGCUCUUUGGGCGUCGUCUCUGUGGUUUCUUUGGAAGGAAACACCCUGGCACCAGGGCAAUGGUAGUGACCUUCUGGAGGACUCUGCUCUUCCGGCAGUUGAUGGUGCUCCCCUGUAG